UCUUUUUUCCCGUCAAACAAAACAAUUAAGAAGGACAUUACUUUAGUAAGAUUUGUAAAGUUAUCUCCCUUCAAACUUCUCGAAUUAACUAACCUUCAAGACAACGAACAAGAAGAAUUUCCUUCUUCUGUGGCAUUAUUGAUGCCGUGUCAGUUUUCUAUUGGAAGCGUGGAAUCUGUGACCGAACCAUCAAUUCUACAUGACCAUUCGCCGAUGAAGCGUCGAGGAAGACGCGGGGAUUAGAAAGAUGGAGCAGCCAAAGUCUCCAGGGACUGGGCCGGUUGACCUCAGAGAUUGUAUCGAUCAGCUCUUGAAGUUCGUUCUCCAAUCUCACAUCGACGAAACUUUGGAAUUGGAUCUCGGGCUUUCCAGGGACUACUGCUGCAAUCUCCUCAGAGAGGAUUCUCGAGAUCAAGGAGAAGGAGUUCCUCAGUCUCCCUUGUACAAGCGCCUUGCCUUACUUCUGCACGAGUUAAUAACUUGUACGAAGUUGUGUGGGACGAAUAGGACAGCAUGGAGGGAAAUGCUUGCGGACAAGGGUUCUGAACUUCUAGAUGUUUUCAAUGCUAUCAACUUUGAACUUCAUGUUCAGGAGCCUUUUUUUACACAAUUAAAAGGUGGGUUGAAAACAAUUGAAGGAAGGUGUGCUGCUGGAAAUUACAAAAGGAUUGCGGCAGGAUCUUUAAUUCUUUUCAACAAAUGUUUGGUGCUUGAGGUUGAGGAUGUUCAUUCUUAUAACUCAUUUUCUGAGAUGCUACUAGCAGAGGGUCUCCAAAAGGUCCUUCCUGGAGUCAGAACAGCUGAAGAAGGUGUAAGUGUUUACAGGAAGUUUUACACAGAAGAGAAGGAGAGAUCCAAUGGCGUGGCAGCAAUUUGUGUGACAAAACCAGCUUCCCAGCCGCACAAUAUAUUGGCUUCAAUAAUAUCUAAAUUAAGCUACAGCGGCAUUGAAAGCAUCUUGAGUAGCAACACCCAUGCAGCCCUUACAUGAUAGACUCAGCUCUUUAUUAGCGGAAAAAAUAAUCGAAACAUUUCGGGAUCAAAUCGACACAAUAAAUUGCAGAUAUCAGUGUACUUCUAUUGAACUAAAACUAUUGAAUAUGAUUUUAGUUCCCCGGUUCCUUCCUUUUCUAAAGGGAAAAAGUUAAUUUGACACCACUUUUUUGUUACCUGUUGCAAAGCCAUCUUUUCUGAAACACAACGUGAUAACUGAUAAGAUAUGUACCAACGGCUUUUUCUUGGGCCCUGGACCCUUUAA